AUGGAUUAUAAAUUAAUAUUAUUGGUAACCGUGUUAAGCGUUUUGUGCAAUAAUGUUCUCGGCAUACCACUUACUUCCGGUAUAUUUAAAGGAAUUCUCAAAGACUCUUCGGAUGAUGAUUCUGAAAUAGUUGAAGUGGUAUCUAAUGAACUUCCCGAAAUUCAAGAUCCAAAUUCGAUUGAUUUAAGUGUUUAUGGUGGUUCCUUAUAUGGUUUGCCAGAUUUUAAUAAUACUGGUAAAUUAUUGGCCCAGUUUAAACCGCAUGAAGCUACAGUGAAUCCUGAGGAAUUGGGUAGCUAUUUGGAAGGUGAUAUUUUAAUGCCACAAAAUGCAAUUACUCUAAAGAAUGGUAUAACUUCAAAAACUUCCCGUUGGCCUAACGCAGAAGUACCGUUCGAAAUUGCUGGAGAUUUUACUAAAGAGGAAUUAGAUCUAAUAGCUUUUGCUAUAGAUGAAUAUCAUGCCAAAACCUGUAUACGUUUUAUACCUCGCACUUCAGAAUAUGAUUAUAUUUCCAUAGUUAGAGGUAACUCAGGUUGUUGGUCUUCCAUUGGCCGUGUAGGUGGUAGACAAGAGGUAAAUCUACAAACUCCUGGCUGUUUGACAAAACCGGGUACCGCUAUACAUGAACUUAUGCAUGCUUUGGGUUUCUUGCAUGAACAAAAUCGCAAAGAACGUGAUUCAUUUGUUACUAUACAAUUUAAAAAUGUGCAAAGAAUGGCUGUGAGUAAUUUCCAAAGGAUGCCAAAUACUGUUGCCUUUGGUGUGGGCUAUGAUUAUGGCAGUGUAAUGCACUAUUCACCGAAUGCUUUUUCCAGUAACGGACAACCUACAAUAGUAGCUAAGAAACCCGAAGGAAGAAAUGUAAUGGGACAACGUGAUGGAUUUUCACCUUUGGAUAUUGAAAAAGUCAAUCGUAUGUAUAAGUGUAAAUCAAAUCCUAAACCAGAAGAGCCACCAAUAGAAUUACCCGAACGGGUACAAUCGCGUUUUCCUUUUGUUCAAAGUUUUACCAAUAAUCGCUUAGGUGCAUUUAUUGGUAAUAUUUUUACCGGUUUCAAUAGAUUAGGGUAAAACAGUAAAUUAUUAAGUUAAUUUUAAACCACAUAAUUCAUUACAAGUGCUUUUGUCCAACAGAAAAUUGUAAAUA